AUGGAAACAGUGGUGGAGAGGAGGAUGCUGAACAAACUGCUAUCCAUCAUGGACCACCCUCUCCACCACCUCCUCCAGGCUCAGAGGAGCACAUUCUCACAUAGACUCAGACAACUCUGCUGUCACAAGGACAGAGUCAGGAAGUCAUUCCUGCCACCCGCCAUCAAGUCACUUUAUGAAACAGGAGUCAUUGUGUACAUGCAGUGUGAUCACGGACGUGUUGUUGUUGUUGCAGCAGCAGGAGGACGUUUGCCCGUCUGUGCGGGAUGCAAACAGAGGAUCUACGAUGACCAGUACCUCCAGGCCCUCAACACUGACUGGCACACCGUCUGCUUCAGAUGUUGUGAGUGCAGAGCCUCGCUGUCCCACUGGUAUUAUGAGAAAGAUGGACGGCUUUUCUGCAAGAAGGACUACUGGGCCAAGUUUGGGGAGCUGUGCCACGGCUGCAAUGAUCCCAUCACCACCGGCCUCAUCAUGGUCGCAGGGGAACAGAAAUAUCACCCAGAAUGCUUCACCUGCCUGAACUGCAGGGCAUUCAUCGGUGAUGGGGACACAUACGCUCUGGUGGAGAGAUCCAAACUCUACUGUGGUCACUGUUACUACCAGACCAUCGUCACCCCGGUGUCGCUGCCAGACUCGCCAUGCUCGCGAAUCCCUCACACAGUUACACUGGUGUCCAUCCCAGCCACCGCCGAGGGCAACAACGGACGCAGAGGGCGAGGUUUCUCUGUGGCCAUCGAUCAGCCACUCAGCCCGACCAACGGCUACAGCCCUGAUCAUGGACAUACCAUCAGAGUCUCCCAGUGAGUCGAUCUGUGUGUGUGUGUGUGUGUGUGUGUGUGUGUGCUCAAACUUUAGAGUGUAUCUACAAUAAUGAUCCCAUCAUCCUCUUAGCAUUUACUGUAUUUGCUCUCAAUAAGAAUGAAGUCAAAUAAAUGAGAUCCUAAUGAGAUUGUCCCAUCAGUAUGUAUAUUGCUGUUUCUUCUAUUUUUCCCUCUCCUUGACUCAUUCCUCCUCUUCUCACCCUGACUGUCUUCCCUCUCACCCUCCAGGCGGAGCUGCAGUAUUGAUAAAUCACCAGGCUCCAGUAACGCAGCAUCCCCCAUCUCCCAGAGGAAGGACAUCAAUCGAUCAGAGUCGCUCCGCGUCGUUUCAAACCGAACACACCGCAUCUUCCGCCCGUCUGACCUCAUCCACGGAGAGGUGCUGGGGAAGGGCUGCUUUGGACAGGCCAUCAAGGUGACCCACAGGGAGACGGGGGAGGUGAUGGUGAUGAAGGAGUUGAUUCGCUUUGAUGACGAGACUCAGAGAACUUUCCUGAAAGAGGUGAAGGUCAUGCGUUGCCUGGAACACCCCAAUGUUCUCAAGUUCAUCGGAGUCCUCUACAAAGACAAGAGGCUCAACUUCAUCGCUGAGUACAUAAAAGGAGGCACCUUAAGGGAAAUCAUCAAGAAAAUGGACAGCAACUAUCCCUGGAACCAGCGGGUCAGUUUUGGCAAGGACAUCGCUGCUGGGAUGUCAUAUCUGCAUUCCAUGAACAUAAUCCACCGGGACCUGAACUCACACAACUGUCUCGUCCGAGAGAACAACACAGUGGUGGUGGCUGACUUCGGGCUGGCGCGGCUCAUGAUCGAUGACAAGCACGAGGAGAAGUUGUCGCAGGGUAAACUGCCAGGUCUGAAGAGGCCUGACCGCAGGAAGCGGUACACUGUUGUGGGAAACCCCUACUGGAUGGCUCCUGAGAUGAUCCAUGGAAAGAGCUAUGACGAGAGAGUGGACAUCUUUUCCUUUGGUAUCAUGCUCUGUGAGAUAAUUGGCAGGGUGAAUGCAGACCCGGACUACCUCCCCAGGGCGAUGGACUUCGGAUUGAACGUGUCUGGUUUCUUGGAGCACUUCUGUCCCCAAGAUUGUCCCCCUGCUUUUUUCCCCAUGGCUGCUCUGUGCUGUGACCUUGAUGCAGACAAACGGCCUGCCUUCUCAAAACUGGGGGAGUGGUUGGAGAACCUCAAGAUGCACUUGGACAUUGGUCUGCCCCUGGUGUCCGAACUGGACACGCUGCACAAGGCCUUCUGGGAGAACCACAGCAUGGUGCGUCCUGAAAACGGCCUGCACACCCACCCUGAACAGCCGGAGCAGGACUGAGCGUGACAGGAGGUGUGGGAAGGUUGAAUUAAUGCCACUAUGGUGGCGACCGCCUGGCGCGGGUGGUGUGGUGCCUAGAGGAGUCAUGAGCAUACCCCUCCGUGUUUGAAGGCUCAGGCUUAACGGAUAGACUCAGGGGGAAAAUGUGGAUGUGAAAAGCCACCUGUGCAAGAUGCACACACACACAUAAACACACACACACACACACACAUAGGCAAGCAUUCAGUCAAAUCAAGAGACAUUAACUGCGAUAGCUUGAUUCUGCUGCACCCAAAGCUAAAGUGGAGCAUGUCAUAUGCAAUCAGAUCUAACUUUCAAAUCAUGACUCCUGAAUCAUGUAGAUUUAACAUCAUGCCUUUUAAGAAAACCUGUAGUAACCGUAGUGUGUGUAUCCACGUGCAUAAAUUAGUCCAAAAAGUGGAACUUCAGCCUAUUUUCUACAGAGCACAUGGUGCAGUCUGUGUUUGCAGGUGUUUCUCUCUGCGUUUGGUUUGAUUUUGCUUUUCGGUUUGGAUCUUAAAACUGAAUUCAUGAAAAUUGCAAAGGAGAGGUGCCUGACUUGUCGCUUAAGACACAGAGUUUAAGAUCAUGUUGUUGUCUAACUAGUGCACGUCAAACCAAACCCUUUCAAGCUUUAAAUAGCUCACUGAAGAGUGUAGACUUUUUAAAUAACGCCGUCAGGUCAGAUCCUGGUUCAUCGUGUCGCUCUGACCUCAGACCUGCUGCUCCUCUCCCUCAUUCAUUUUGCAGCACUGACGAAACACAUCGGUACACAUCACAAAUCUGGUACGUUGCCUCCCCAGUUUCUAAAAGCUUUUUAGUGCAUCUCAUUCACAUUCAUGUGGCAACUUAAACUACAUCAUGCAUUUUUACCCUUGUACAUAGCUGGCGACAUUGUAAAUGUUUUAAAUAUUGUAAAUGUACAGACAUAUUUUAUAUACGUACGCUACAUUGCCAUAUUUUUACUGGCCGACCGGUUGAAAAAAAGGAGAGUGGUGGUUGGACUGCAGUUAAAGGGGCAAUGCCACUGUGGCAGGUUAGAGGCUUUUAUUAGCAUUUGAGAGAUGAGGAAUCUCAUCACCAUGAAACGUCUCAGUAAAUGUUGCAUUCUGUCAUUUCAUUCCAUCAAAAAUAUACUUCUAAACAUUUCAUUGGCCUCAUUAUUCGAUUAGUGUUGGAAAACACAAGGUACUGUCUCACAUUUGUCCCUCCUCCUUUGUUUACAUGUAAAUGCUAUCUGUAAAUAUCACUGUAUAUACUUGUGUGCGUCCUUACAUCCAUCUGCGUGCGUUGCAUCAAUAAUGCGCUCUCCUCAGAAGUCAUCUCUUCCACCAGUCACAUUUCUCUCUUGCACCCUCUAACACAAGACUUGUAUCUCUGAUCUAAAAAAAAUCUUUUUAUUUCAAUUUCCUGCUGUUGUUUUCACAAGCUGCAUGAUGCCCCACUGUAGGUCUGCCCAGCUUCUGAACCAAGUUCUUUUUUGUAUCUAACUGAUGUGAUUUUAAAUAAGAAAAAAAGGGGAAAAAAGGUUGAGAGAGAAAGCCAGGCUAUAAAGGAAUUGAGGAAAAAAAACACAGCAUUUGUUGUUUAUACACACACACACACAUAUAUAUAUAUAUAUAAAUAUAUAUAUAUAAAACCACUGAAAUCUUUUUGUACAAAUUUGAGUACUUUAAUUUGCACUAUCCUACCAAAUGGCUGGUUGAAGCCAUGUUUGUUGAUUUCCUCUCUUGGGCUACUUGUGAUAAGGAAAUAAAUUAUGUCAGUUCAGGUUGAUAGACAUAUGAAUGCAAGACACUGAUAGAGCCUUUCAACUGUAAAAAUGGGAUCUGGGGAAUUUCAUCCUCCUGAUAGCAAACUGGAUUAUAUCAACAUUAACUAAUGACGUUUCUGAUGAUUCAAAUGCAUUUUAAGCAUGGAUCAGGGUCCAGAGUUUUUACCAGGGGCCUGGCAGGACAAACUCCAGAGAAAGUCCAAAGCCUCUUACUCAACAUUUGCAUUCUCUCAUUCAGCCCCCCUGGAGAAUGGAGAUUAUCUUCAGUGAAUGUCUGAAAGCAGCUUUAUCGUAAAGUUAAGUCAUACACCAGGGGAAAUAUUAAUUCUAUUUUCCACUUUCAUGUCCGCUUGAAUACCUGCCAAGACAAUAUGUUUUCUGGUCUCUGCUACCUGGAGGAUGUGAUGUCCCAGCUCUGCCUGCUGCCUACAGACUGGUCCUUUGUGAAAGAUGUCCUGUGUUGUUUCUGACUUGCUUGUUUUCACAUGUGAUGCCCCCCGAGGCUGCAACCACUGCUGAUGAUAGAGCACUUAACCCGGCCUGUCUCACCUCUCACCUUCUCUUCACACUCUUUUUGGCUCAGGGCCGUAAAAUUUUUCCGGAGCUUACGUCACAGACACUCAGAGCGCAUGUAACCCUCUGUCGAUAUAAACAGGCUGAUAACACAACACAUGCUUUCUGUCAACCGAGCCCCUGCUGGUUGAUGUGUUCGUCCGUGAGCAUGUAGUGUACGUGAGUGGCUUUGUUUCUGUCUCCAUUCCUGUUUGAUCCAUGUUGAGCAUGUUAGACGUGUCGAUGAUCAGUGAGAAUGUCUCAGCAGCACUUCUUUGCAAAGGAUCGUUACCUCUGAACAAUGCUGUGCCUUUGUUGUAAGCUAGGCUUGCCAACGAAUCGAAAAAACGUGAACAGAUUUCCUUUUUUUUUGUUUUAUUGUAUCAUAAGUGCAAGCCUGAUCCAAGUGGACUGUAUAUCAUUGCUGACACUAUGUUGUAUUAGAUUUCAUCUUGUUCUGUAUCAUAUUUAUAUUUUCCAGAUCUCCAUUGUCAGUUUUGAUAUUUGAAUAUUAUAUUUCUUCUGUUGUCUUAUUUAAUUUUUUUUACACAAGCUGUGAAAACAAUUCUGCACUUUAAUCCUGAACGUGAACAUGUAGACUCUGAGGAGGCGACGGUUUCUUUUUCCUUUUGUCACAGCUAAAAAUAAAACUGUUGCUCCUUA